GUCUAUAUGCCGGCUGGUUUUUACAAUCGCUCUCCAGUCUUAGCUUUGCUAAGUGUGCGCACGCUGCUGAUGAGAAAAGCCUGGUUCCUCUUUUAAACGUGUGGUAAGACUAAACUAAAAUCAUGGAGGAAAAGAAGAGCGAAAUCAACGGCCACGCCGUGCACAAAAGUCCGGUACCCGCGGUUUCAACAAAAUCUGAAAAGAAAAGCUUUAAAGACCGAUUCAUGUUGUUUUUCAAAAGAAACCUCUUAGUGAUUUUGACGGUGUCCGGGGUGCUGGUGGGCGUCGGAGUCGGAAUGGGGGUCCGGAACAUGAACUUAACACGAGUGCAAAUUACUUAUUUCGCCUUUCCUGGAGAGAUGCUGCUGAGGAUGCUCAAGAUGAUCAUCCUGCCUUUAGUGGUUUGCAGUUUGAUUUCUGGCGCCGCGAGUUUGGACACCCGCUCGCUAGGAAAGCUUGGAGGAAUCGCCGUGUCUUACUUUUUGGUGACCACUCUUAUUGCCUCAUCCAUCGGGAUUGCUCUCGCCUUCAUGAUUAAACCCGGCGUCGGAGCCGGAGCGCUAAACGCCAACAAUUUGGGGCUUGAAGAUGUGAGCACCAACAAAGAGACAACGGAUUCGUUUUUAGACCUUGCAAGAAACCUGUUCCCAUCUAACCUGGUGGCUGCAGCUUUCCGUUCAUAUGCCACUGAUUACAAGACGAUUUUUAUUGGAAAUGGAACCAAUGGAACCCUCAACUACCAAAAGGUUCCUUAUGGAACAGAUACUGAUGGAAUGAAUAUUCUGGGCCUUGUUCUCUUUGCUAUGGUUUUUGGAGUUGCUUUGAGAAAGCUUGGGGCAGAAGGAGAGGAGCUCAUUCGUUUUUUCAAUGCCUUCAAUGAAGCCACAAUGGUACUGGUCUCCUGGAUCAUGUGGUAUGUCCCUUUUGGCAUCAUGUUCUUGGUAGGGAGUAAGAUUGUGGAGAUGGAAGAUGUGGUUCUGUUGGUCACUAGUUUGGGGAAGUAUAUUUUUGCUUCUAUCCUGGGUCACAUCAUCCAUGGUGGCAUUGUCUUACCUCUCAUCUACUUUGGAUUCACUCGUAAAAACCCCUUCAGUUUCCUGGCUGGCCUCAUCACACCUUUUACAACAGCCUUUGCAACCUGCUCCAGCUCAGCGACCCUGCCCACUAUGAUGAAGUGUGUAGAAGAGAACAAUGGUGUUGAUAAAAGAAUCAGCCGAUUCAUCCUACCGAUAGGAGCUACUAUCAACAUGGAUGGAGCAGCCAUUUUCCAGUGCGUUGCAGCUGUGUUUAUCGCCCAGCUUAACAACGUUGAACUCAACGCAGGCCAAAUCUUCACCAUCCUGGUGACAGCCACCGCUUCCAGUGUGGGAGCAGCGGGCAUUCCAGCUGGAGGAAUCAUCACCAUCGCUAUCAUUCUUGAGGCCAUCGGUCUGCCCACCCAUGACCUGUCACUCAUGCUGGCUGUGGACUGGAUUGUAGACCGGACCACCACUGUUGUGAACGUGGAGGGAGACGCUCUUGGUGCUGGCAUCCUUCACCACAUCAAUGAGCAAGAGAUGAAAAAGCAAAGACUGCAGCAGGAGCCAGAAUUCCAGGAACUGCAAGAGGUGAAGGUGGAGGUGGUGGCUAAUGUCCAGGCAGAGGAGGAGACCUCCCCUCUCGUCACACACCAGAACCGAGAAGAUAACUCAUCACGUGAAACAAUCGAUGACAAGGAUGGUGUGGAGUCUGUGCUGUAAAACAGUGUUGAUUGUGAUCUCUCAUCUUUCUCUUCUCUCUCUCUCUCGCUCUUUUAAACCAUUAUAGACAUGAUUUCACCUCAGUGUAAAGUUUACAUCAAAUGAAAAGUUUACUCAAAUCUGUAAAAAAUUAAACACUGAUGGCCAGUUUGCUGUCAUAUUGUUAGAAAUAGAUUGAAGUACAUGGUUAGAAGGAAAGGUUGUGUUAAGAUCCAAUUGUGCCAAAAUUAUUUCUUAUUGUCAGUUUUUUGUGUUUGUUCAUGUGCAAAGUCUAAAAGGGAAUAUUUCCAGUCUGCAAGCAGUUGUCUUGUGUAUAGGUGAAUAGUGAUGAAAACCAUUCACUUGCUCUGUUUGCUUACUAUAUUUUAACUGGCUGUGUGAAACAUUAACUUUUUUGAAGAUUUACCGGAAUGUAUUUGCUGUAAAUAUUUGUGUCCCUAAUGGCAAAGCCUGUGAGACUGUGCUAUAGCCUGGUAACAGUGCAAUUUAUUGUGGACUACGUUAUAUUGUGCAUGUGCGCUACUGAAGAACACCCCAAAAUUCAACCAUAUUCUGAGAUUGUGCUUUAUGCUUUUUAGUUCUUUCAAAUCUGAUUUUAAAUGAAAAUCAAUUUCAGUUAGCUUAAAUGGGAACUCAGGGUCACAAGAGGUAACUGAACCCCAUGAUGCGCAGUCACACUGUAAGGGUCAAACAUUCCUUCUUGAAUCUCUAUAGGUGCUGUUUGUUCCAAGAACCUGAGUUAUGGUAUCGAGUAACACCUAGUGGUCAAUGCAAUUAGAAUUUGUCAAUACUCUGUCAGAUUAAUUUAGUGAUUCAGCCACCCACGGUCUGAUAGUUUAAUGAUUUUUCAUAGAUUUUUAUGCCCAUGCUUGUUUACUUUUCCAUACAGUUAAACAGUAUAGGUCUAGCUACACUUAUUAAAAUGAUAAUUUGGUAAAAGCAAGAUCGAUCAGUGUAAAAUAAACUAUGAAUGACUUUAAUUUAUUUUAAUAGUUAAAAUUUUUGUACCUCAUUGAAAAUUAUUUUCGUAAUCUGUUAUACCACUAAUCAAUGGUUUGUUUUUAUAAGGUAUUUUAACUCCAUGUACUUUUUCCCUCUCUUAUAACUGUAAGUUGUCUUGUUAAUGCCAUCUGUGUGUCUCUGCUUACAAUUAAA